GUAACGAUUUGGUAAUCGCAUUGAUUGCCAGAAAGUAUUGGUUUGGGUGUAUUCGCCGUUGCAUCUUCCUCGCUGUAACUUGCAUCCAACUUAUCCAGUCCGUUUUGCUGAACCCAGACCGUUCUAGUAACGUAAAUUGUGUUCAGUUCAACUAAAAUUUUGUUUACGUUUCUGGAGCAAAUCUGCAUAUCAAUCCGUUGUUUUGCCAAGAGAAAUUCCUCAAAAGCCCCCAUGGACAUCCCAGAACGAGCCAACCUGGCGUCGCUCUGUCGAAUCUGCCUGAAGAAGCUCGGUCGGGCAGGUUCGGAGAACAUCUACUCGGCGUCGUCCGGCACUCAAGGCGGCCCGAACCUGUACGGUAUGCUGCGAACGAUAUGCGUCCCGGUGUUUGGCACUGAAGAACACCAGGACAUAAAGGCGAGCAGCGAAGUGCCUCGCAGCGUGUGUUCCGGGUGUAGACGGCGCGUGGUGUCCGCGUACGAGCUGUACCAGGAUUGCAUCGAAACGGAUCGGAAGCUCAGGGAGUUGGUCGUGGUGAAGCAGGAGCUUAUUCAGGACAGUGACAACGAUGACGGCGGGUUGUUGGUGGAGGCUAAGGCUUUGGUUGAGUUGGAGAACGAGGAAGACGAUGAUAAGGAUGGUAUUGGUACGGAGACUUUGCUGGAGGAAAUGCAAUGUGAAGAUCCGGAUGACCGUGACAAAAUAGUUAAGAAAUCUUCCAGCUCGUGUAAAAGAACGUGUCCGCUGUGUUCCAAGGUAUUCAAAACUAUUCGUGAGAUGAAGACCCACAUGAAGGAAGCCCAUCUGGAUGAAGUCUUCGGUUGCGGAACGUGCGACGAAGUAUUUCUUGAAGACAAGCUGCGACAGGAGCACGAACUCACGCAUACAACGGAUCGACCUCACGAGUGUUCGUUUUGCAAGGAAAAGUUCCGGUCCGGCACAGAUCUGCGGUAUCACACGAUGAAUCAUACCAACGAUCAUCCCUUCCGGUGUUCGGAGUGCGGCAAGGGGUUUCCGAAGAAGUACGCCCUCCAAGAGCACAUGCUCCGGCACACUUCGGACAAGGCGUUCGUUUGCGGCCUGUGUCCGUCCAGAUUCCACACCAAGGGCGAACUGAAGAAGCACAUGGUGACGCAUACGCUGGAACGAAGUCACGUUUGCGAUAUCUGCGGCAAUCGGUUCACCACGAACGCUUCGAUGAUGAAACACGUGCGUCGAGUGCAUACAGGCGAACGCCGGUUUCACUGCAAUCUCUGCACUCUGAAAUUCGACAACGCGUACCUUCUGAAGCGACACAUGCGAACCCACACCGGGGAAAAACCGUACAAGUGUGCCUACUGCGACCGGGCGUACGCCCAGAGUAACGAUCUGGUCAAGCACAGCAAAACGCACGUCGGAGAAAAUCCGUACGCGUGCGAUCGGUGCGACGCGGCCUUCCGGCUGAUGACCGAGCUGAGGAACCACUACAAGGUGCACUUCCAGCCGGGCGAUCCGAGUUCGGCUGUGGGGGACAAAAAGGUUGCCGAACCGGUGCAGUUUACCAGCGUGGCAACGCUCAACAGGCGCUUUGAGAAGGAGAAACAGCGCGGCAAGCAGGAAAUGUGUUGAAGCGGUGUAACGUACAAGAAUCGAAAUAAACGGGUUGUU